CAAUGUUUAUGGAGUGCAUGAAGGAAUGAAUUCUUGACUUUCAGCCCAUCCCUAAUUCUUCAGUUUUAUAAUUAGAUAUCUGAUUCAAUCAACCAACCUCCUCGGGAGAGCCAAAAAUUCAAUCAUGAUAAACUGGGUGGAGCUUCAGAAAUCUCAUCAAAUACCACAUUCUGAUUGGAAGCUGGAAGUUGAAAAGGGAACAAGUGACUAGAAAGCUCAAUGUGAGCUCCUGAAGAUCCACAGAGAACCCAAAGCCCUGCAGACUGCUUCCAGAUUGGAUUCAUCAGGAUGAGUCUCCAGGCCCCACCCAGACUCCUGCAACUGGCGGGGCAGAGCCUGGUAAGAAAUGAGGCCUUGGUCAUCCCCCUUCUGGAGGAGCUGCCAAGGGAGCUUUUCCCACCACUGUUCAUGGAGGCCUUCACCAACAGAUGUAGAAAAGUCCUGACGGCCAUGGUGCAGGCCUGGCCCUUCACCCGCCUGCCUCUGGGGGCCCUGAUGCUGACCCCUGACCUGGAGACCCUAAGAGCUGUGCUGGAUGGGCUGGAUGUGCUGCUUGCCCUAAAGGUUCGCCCCAGGAGGUGGAAACUGCAAGUGCUAGAUUUGCAGGAUUUUGAUGAGAACUUCUGGAGUGUAGGGUCUGAAGCAGUGGCCCAUGCAUGCUUACCACAUGCCAUGAAUAAGAGGAAAACAGUGAAGAAUUGUCCGAGGAUGGGAAGGCAGCAACCCUUGAAGGUGUUCAUAAACCUUCACAUCAAGGAAGGAUCCCUGGAUGAACUCCUCACCUACCUCUUCUCGUGGGUCAAGCAGAGGAAAGAUUUAGUACACCUGUGCUGUACGAAGCUGAGCAUUUUUACAACGCAAAUCCAAAAGAUCAGAAUAGUCCUAAGAAUGGUGGACCUGGACUGUAUCCAGGAGGUAAACGUGAGGUGCAGCUGGAAACUGUCCAUGCUGGCAAGGUUUGCUCCUUAUCUGGGUGAGAUGAGAAAUCUUCAAAAACUACUUCUCCUCCAAAUCUCUGUGUACAACCUAAAGAAGAAGGACAGGUUUAUUGCCCAGUUCACGACUCAGUUCCGUAAGCUGGACCACCUCCAGAGGCUUUAUAUGAACUCCCUUUCCUUCCUUGAAGGCCACCUGGACCAGGUGCUCAGGUGCCUCAAGACCCCCUUGGAGACCCUCUCAAUAACCAACUGCCUGCUUUCGGAAUCGGACUUGAGGCAUCUGUCCCAGUGCCCGAGCAUCAGUCAGAUAAAGAACCUGGCCCUGAGUCGCAUCACGCCGACCGAUUUCAGUCCUGAGCCCUUUCAACAUCUGCUAGAGAAAGUCGCUGCCACCCUCCAGACCCUGAGACUGGACGAAUGUUGGAUCACGGACCCCCAACUCGCAGUCAUCCUGCCUGCCCUGAGCCGCUGUGCCCAGCUCACAACCUUCAGCUUCCGCGGGAACCCCAUCUCCAAGGCCGCCCUGGAGAACCUGCUGCAACACACCCUCAGGCUGAGCCAGUUACGCCUACAGCUGUAUGACACCCCCCUGGAGAGUUACAACGCCGGCGGUGCCGUCUCCUGGGAAAAACUUGCCCGAUUUAGGGCUGAGCUAAGGCAGAUACUGAAGAAUUUAUGGUGGCCCAAGAGGAUCUUAUUCAGCACUGUCCUCUGCCCUCACUGUGGCCACAGUGUGUUCUAUGACCUGGGCCUUGGUAAACCUUGCUGUCCAACGCCUCAUUCUUCUAGGCACUGGGCCGCUGAAGCCUAGGACGUAGGUGCAUGUUAAAGAGAGCACAGAACCCAUCACUUCUGACAGCUGCUCAGUGGGAAUGGGAAAAGGAAGGCAAUGCAGCAGAGGGAAGGACAGGAGGGAAAUGUUGACUUGGGGAGCUGUUGGGACCUUUGGGGACAUGUGUCCUAUAAGUCAGAAAUAAGAAUCAGAAUUUCUACAGUAGGAUUCAGGCUUGAGAGAUACAUGAGGGAGUUACCCCUGCAUGGAUGGAUGUAAAGAAACGAGAGGCAGAGCGUGGUGGCUCA